AUGAGGUUUGCGGCUGUGCCACCGCGGCAGCACGUCCUCGACAAUCGUGUGCAGCGGUCCAUGGACGGGUGGUCCGUGAUUGAGAAGAUCAGUGACUUCACGCACGCCGUUUGCCGUGUGACGGAUGGGCGCGGCUCCGCCAUCCUCGUCGCUCUUCCGUCGGCAGACUCCGCGGCCUGCUGCGGCGUAUUCCAGGACGGGCAGCAACAGCCGCAGCUGCGGCGCAACAGCACCGGUGUGCUGCUCACGACUUCUUUCGUGUUCCCCAGUCGAGGAGAGGCGGAAGGGGUGACGGUGACGUUUCUGGAGCAGCCGGUUGCAGGGACAAGCGCACGAGAAGGAGGUUCUGUGGAGCCGCUGCAGGUCCCCGUGACUGUGGACAAGGUGUUUGUCUGCUCCACCUCCGCUGCCCCGUCUAGGACGCGGCACAAGUGGGGCGCCGGGGGGGCGUCUAUGUCUGUCUCCGGCAACGCCCGCUCGGUGGACUACAAUGCCACCCGUGGGAGUUCGCGCUCCCCGUCGCACCGCAGUUUCCUGCCGGAGGAGGACGCCGAGGAGGAGGAGUUGGGCUACACCUUGACGUUUUGCGAAAUGAAUCCAAUGUCGUAUUCUGGUGCGCCCGCCAAUUCCUUCACCAGAUCCUCCCAUUCGGCUGGACACUCGCUCGUUUUUUCGGCCGAGGCGAGCACGAGCGUCGCCUGCACAGCUCCGGUCGCCCCUGCAGUCCAAACCCGCCUUUCGGCCCCUUCGUCGGGGCGGCACGAGAGGCCGAACAUCGCUGUGGGGCCAUCUUUUUCCGGUACAGGGAGCCUUGGCGGGCGUUCGGCGACGCAACAACGGGAGUCGCGCCUCAUUAAGCCGCUGCCGCUGCCACUGCUGCUGUCUCGCAUCGCCCCAGUGCGUGUCGGGGACCGUCAUUUGAUGAUUACGCACGUCAACGGCAAGGAACGACACUACGUGGUGCAGACAGUGAAGAAGGUGGGGAGGGAUUCAUGCGAGUAUGAUUUUUUUGACCCAGCCAGCGAAUUCAGCAGCGGAGGACCCAUUUUUGACAUGCGCGGGGAUUUUGUAGGGUUACAGCAUCAAAGCGGGAACCACAGCUACGGCAUCUUCAUCUCCUCCAUUGUGCGUCACCUGUUCCAGUCCUCCGUGUUGGGUGUGUGUCGUCCGCCGGUCGUUGACGUCGGCGUGGACGAGGCGAAGUUUGACAUGCAUGCCGUGGUCCCUGAUGAGGUGUUUAACCAGCCGUUUCACCUCAAUCAACGCUACUGCGUGUUUAACGUAGGCGCGGGUGAUCAACUGAUCGAGUUCGAGGAUUUUGAACGCAUGCGCAUGCGCAGCGACAUCCGGGGCUCAACGCUGCCCCCCUCUCUUGUGGCGCCCGCAAGCGAUCAGGUAUGGCAGGAGUUCUACCACGGCUUCCACAGCCUCAUUCUUAUGCUACAUGCCUUCUCACACGUGCCGAAGCUGACAAAACUUGCACUGGAGGAGAUCACCUCGCAUGAGCACCGUAACUACUUACCAGAAGUGGCCUCUCUCGGGGGUAUUGGCGUUGUGCUAGAGAUCAUUGAUGGGUACCCUGAAAAUGAGGAGGUUGUCUUGGCCGCCCUUACUGUUCUGGCUCGAUCCUCACUUUACACAUCGAAUCGGGAGGCCAUUUUUCGCUGUGAUGGAGUCUUGACCGUAUUAGAGAUUAUGAACGAGUACUCGCAUCAUGGCGCUAUUCAGCUCUGGGGUUUUUGCUGUCUGUACAAUGUUAUGGCGUCGGAUUCACCAGUGCAUGCGGAGUCUAUUGAAAUCUUUGCCCACAGUCAAGGUAUACCAUUGGCGAUUGAGGCACUUCGCGUCCAUCGUGACCAGCGUUUCUUAUUACGUCAUACUGCCCUCGCGCUGCGAUGUGUGGCCAAGGAAGAUAUUCGGUACGCGCAUGCCAUGGUUCGAGGUGACGUCACCAACGUGGUUGUGGACCGGAUGAACGAUAAUAGCGAGGAUCCCUUUGUGUUCCUUGGCUUGGCGACGCUGCUACGUGAGCUGCUCCUCGCAUUCGGGAACGAGAACUCGGUGACUGCCGAGGACUUCCCAGCGGAAGCGCGUGCCUCGGAGACUGCAUGGGGCGACGGCGUCUUCUCUCCCUGGGUUGCAUCCAACUACGCCGGUUCUAGCGGCGAGGCUGGGAAUGCUCUGCUGGAGACCCUGGUAGCGGGAAAGGUGCUCACCGUCCUUGGGAAGGUCAUGGCCUGCGAGUCAAUGAACCGCUAUUCGAGCGCCGCAAUGGCCUUGUUGGAGGUGUGCAGCAGUUCCGUGCUGGCGCUGCUCUCGUGGGGCGCGGUGGAACUCCAGGAGGAGCUGGAAUCCCCGACGCUGAGGCAAGCGUGCGAGGAUAUUAUGCGGAACUUCCCGGCGGAUGCGGCUUUGCUGGAGCGGGCGCAGCAGAUUAUAAGUCUUCUUCCGGCGUCCGUGUGA